GAUUAUACUAGUCUAUAAAUAUUUCUAUUCUCCUACAAUUGUUAUUGUUAUAUUUCCUUCAGAAUCGUACAAACGUUUCUAUAUUCCUCUUUUCAUUUAAUUCGCUGGAAUAUAAAGCUUCUACAUGAAGCAAUUGCAUAAUUUAUACAUACACUUUUACACACAACAAAGAUGAGAAAUUCGUGACGAUUUAUCAUAAUCAAAUCUACAGGCCGCGUAAUAAAAAGAUUUUUUUUUUACAAUACAGAAUUUAUUGCAACGUUUAUAAGCAACAUUUAUGCAAAAUUUUUUUGAAUCGAAUGAACGCGUUACAAUUUCCUACAAAAUUACGUUCUCAGAGCGAGGCCGAAGUUCUUUCAGUCGCCCAAUAAAUCACGGGCGCUCUAGAUCGCGGGCCUAAGGCAAUAAAACGUCCCUGCAUCUCUCGAUAUCCUUCUCUUCACCUUCCUCUGCCUCUCUCUCUCUCUUUCUCUCCCGCUCCCAUCUCUUUCCACGCGCACGAAGGAAAUGCUCCCUCUUUUUCUUUCUCUCUCUCUCUCUCUGUCCCGUCCAUCCGUCCGUCCGUCCGACUCGGCGCGAUUAGGUCGUGGGCGGAAAUCAGUAUAACACUAGUCGCGUCGCGACCGCGCGAUGGUACGCACGUUUUCCGUCUGUUGCGUCCAAGUGUAUCGCGAGGAGAAAAUCUCCGGUGCUCCGGUUUUUUACGCUCGCCCCGUCUCGUCGUCGUUCAUUCAAUCGUCGCGGCGCGAGGAAUGACAGCGUGACGGCGCGGCGUCGCGACGCUGACGACGCGUUUCCUCCCGUUUUUCUCAAUUUUGUUUUCUCAUUUCUUUAUUCUCGCCUCCUCUCCUGUGUUGCUCUCCGUCGGAAAAUCGGACGGCACGGCCGACGAUCACCGGUUAUCGCCGGUUCGACGCUGAAGAUCGUCCCCGUAGAUCCGCGACAUAGUGGCGAUUCGCGGGAGAUUGUCACUCGGGGCUGCAGCGACGCGUCCUUCCUCCCUUCGUCCUCCUUCGCCUUCUCUUCCUCCUCGUCGGCUACGUCGCCUCGGAUUACAUCAUGACAGACACGACACCACCGAAGGCAGCGUAAUGCCGAGGGAAUCUUGUCCCGGGUUGCUGUUGACCCUGGUGUCGGUAUUCGUCGGCCUGUGCGAGUCCUCCGCCGCCGGCGGAGCCGCGACAUCCGGCGCCCAGCAGCCGCAGCCGCAGCCGCAGCAGCAACCGCAGCCGCAGUCGCAGCAGCCACAUCCGCUCUGCGAGCCUGGCCUGGAGUUCUGGUCCGCCGAACGCGCCUCGUGCUGGCCGUGCACCCGAUGCGCCCCCGAGCUCACCCUGAGCCCGUGCGCGAUUCACAAGGACGCGACAUGCGGCCCGCUGUCGGCGCUCGAGCUCGACUGGUCCUUCCCGUCGUCGACGGCCAGGAAGAGGCCCUCGCGGGCCGGCGAUGACGACGGGGCCGUCACCUCGAACGUGCUCCUGCGGCUCCCCGAAGAAAGGACGAAAGAAGGGUCCUUCGUGGAAGCCGGUAAUCUCGUCAGCCUCGAUCGCGAGGACAACGGAAGCUUAGGCGACAACAAGCCGGUCUCCGCCUCGCGGGAAUCAAAAACGGCACACGAUCCUCGGGAGAGGAGAAAAUCGGUCGCCGAGGACAAUCUACCGUGGGACUGGCAGACCGGCGCUCUGGUCCUCGCGGUAUGCGCCUGCAUAGUGUUCUUCCUGGUAGCGGGAUGCUCAGCUCUCGUCUACGCCAGGCAAUGGCGGCGAAUGAAAAGGAACUUCGAGCCAGCGGGUCUCGAGGAGAUCUCGGCCAGGUUGAACCUGAUGGUGAAGGCGGAGCUGGCCGAGCUGGUCGCAGGGGCACCGAUGAGCCCAGGUGAUCCCGAAACCAGAUGUCAGUAUCUCGAGAAGCUUUUAGGUAAGCACGGUCAGAAUUUUAAGACUCCCGUUCGUAGCUAUAAAUCCUCGCGACGACGACCACUUGACGUUACCACCUAUGAGCGUUGGUCAUCGCUUUACUCUGAGAAGCUGAUAUACGUCUAGAUAGAGGUCGAAUACUCGACAACGCUUAGCGAUAAAGAUACCACACCCUUGCAACCAAGUAUUUUAAUUACUCCCAAACAUCGAAAAUGAUACGUAAUCGGUUGUCAUACUUACAAAACUAAAGAUGCACGUUUAUUUUAAAAUGUUUCAGCUAUUUCAAACAAAUAAAUAUCGCUAUUUUAUAUUUAAAAAAUUUCGCAUUGCAUUGGAGAGCAAAUUUUUGAGUUCUCAUUUAACAAAGAAUUUUACUCUCUCGCAAAUCAAACACCACACGUA